AUGAACAAACUAGAAAAUCAUAGUUUGAACCACUCUGAAGAUGAAGCGAAUUCAACUUUUAAUCAUUCGUUAGCAAACGAUGAGCUUGUUUCUCAUUGUAUAUCAGACUCUGGACCAUCGUCUACUCCACUCUCAACACCAUCAGAUAUACACAUAGCCAAAGGAAUCUCGUCUGAUUACUUUCAACACCAUCAACGAUCAGUUACUUCUGAAUCUACUCCAGGUCGCAGAGAUAAACUUCGAAAAAACAGGCAGUCUCAGCUGCUACUUGUGUCGUUGCUGGAAAACUUUUGUAUGUUGUAUGAUUUGUCAGGAGAUAAAAACAAACAGCUGUUUUUUGUCUUGUGCAAACAGCUGUCAAAAAUGGGAAUUAUUGCAUCGAGCGAUUUUAUUGAAGAAUUAUCCACAGUUCGAGAAAGUUACAAAAAAGCAUUUCGAGAACUGGUUAUGCAGGCAAUGGAAGAGGUUCAUGCAGUUGAAAAGAGUCAACGACUACUCAUAUAUACCGAAUCGGAUUCUCCAAAUGAAAAUCUCUCCCAGCCACGACUUUCUUUAUUAUACUCUCAAUCUAAUGUAGACUCGCAGUGGUACGGCAACGCUUUGGAAAAUUUACCUUCUAGGAGAUCUUGGCCGUCACAGGAAAUGCAUUUAGAAGGAUCUAGUCCAUCCGAUUUUUCAGAGUAUCUUCAAACCAAAACAUCUAGAUAUUAUGAUGAUUUUGAUGAGCUGGAUUGUCUUGGUCGUGGAGCAUUUGGAAAAGUUCAUCGAUGUCGCAAUCGAUUGGAUGGACGUGAGUACGCUGUCAAGAAAAUCAGAUUGGUUGAUCGAAACUCCAAAAACAUUGAAAAGGUGCUUCGAGAAGUCAAAUUACUCGCUAGAGUGGCAGAUCCACAUGUUGUGCGAUACUAUUCAUCGUGGCUAGAACAUGUACAAGUACCGAAUGAAUGUUCUACUGAUGCUAGUGAUCUGUCAGAUGAUUCCACGUCAUGUGUUGAUACAUCUUCAUUAGAAUCAGUAUUGUCAUCUAUAGAAACUGAAUAUUCAAAAAUUGUGUUUGAGCAAAAAGCACCAGAAUGUGAUGCAACAUUUCUACAAGAACACCAAAGCGAUCGCAUUACAUCUAUUGUGCCAGCUCAACAACCUGACUUGUUUGAAUCUGCAGUAUGUGUCCAGGGUCCAAACUUUCGUGAACUGGCAUUGUUUAUUCAAAUGGAAUUGUGCGAAAACACAUUACACGACUGGCUGGAAAGACAAAAUGCCUGCACUGACAGAAUGAUAUCUGCUAAACGAAAACGUGCUGCUAUAGAUUGCUUUAGUCAUAUUUUGUCUGGACUUGCUUGUAUCCAUUCUCAAGGCUUGGUUCACAGAGAUGUCAAGCCAAAAAAUAUUUAUUGGAAACCAUAUGAAGGAAGUUCAAGUCGAGGAGAAUGGAAGCUUGGUGACUUUGGACUGGCGACUGUAUCUGAAUUGCCUAUUUCGUUAUCACCCACUUUGUCAGAUACUGUUUUACCAGCAGAAAAAAGUCAUUCCAAACGAGUUGCGCGAACCAUUGGAGUGGGGACGAUAACUUAUGCAUCACCUGAACAACUUGAUCCGCAACAAUCAGAUUGGUACACGCACUCAUCGGAUAUAUUUUCGCUAGGAAUUAUACUUUUUGAAUUGUUAUGUGUCUGCCGAACAGGAAUGGAGCGAGCAACAUUGAUCAGUAAUCUACGAUCAGGAAUUCUUCCAGAUCUGCUUGUCAAGGAAUAUCCAAAAGAGGCCACACUUAUUCUAUGCAUGACGGCAGAAGAUCCACUAAAAAGACCGACUGCACAACAAUUGCUGGUGGAUUUAAAACUAUUUGAAUAUGCUUUACAAAAAAACAAACAUCGCAAUGUGACUGAAGUGCAUAUCCAAACCGAUGAAGUGAAUAUAGACAAGGAGCAAAUCGAUCAUGCUGUUAUUGGCAGCAAGACUGUUUUGAAUUAUCCUAACACAGUAAUGCAAGACCAAUGUGUUCAGACGCCAAUAGAUUGGACAUGUUCAUGCAAUCAUGACAAGGAAGGAUUAACAGCACAGUUAUUGGAGCGAAUUCGAGAUCUAGAGAAUCAAUUACGAGAAUCCAAUAGUAGAUAUGACAAGAGUUUGACUAAAUAA